UCUCUCUCUCUGAAAAGCCUUCUCCUGGCAACUGGCCUAAAAAAAGACUAAAACCCAUCUGCAUGGGGCAGACUUUCACCCAAAAUAUUGGAAAAAAUGAAAUAAGCAAAGAAAAAUAAAAUAUACGUAGAAGAAAAUCACAUCUUUCACUCCUAAAAAAAGAAAUCAACCUUUUUGUUGUUGAUGGGUCGUAAAUCCCAUCCUCAUAAUAUUCAAAAGUAAGAGAAAUAUAGCAAAAAGCAACCCCCUGUUGUGUGCUCCUAGAGAGAGAGAGAGAGAGAGAAGAGAAGGAUGAUAUGUCCAUAUGGUAUAAUAUGUGUUUGAGAUAGAAAAAUAUUGGUUUGCUGGGUUUUGUUUGUUGGUCAAAAAUAUAUUUUUGGAGAUGUCAGGUGGUGGUUGCAGUGUGGUUUGGUUCAGGAGAGAUCUGAGGGUUGAAGAUAACCCAGCUUUGGCAGCUGCAGUGAGAGCAGGAGGUGUGGUUUGUGUCUUCAUCUGGGCUCCUGAGGAGGAAGGCCCUUUUUAUCCUGGAAGGGUUUCAAGAUGGUGGCUAAAACACAGCUUGGCUCAUCUUGAUUCCUCCCUGAAAAAUCUUGGCACUUCUCUCAUCACCAAAAGAUCCAAUGACAGUGUUUCUUCUCUCCUUGAAGUUGUUGUUUCCACUGGUGCCACUCAGCUUUUCUUCAACCACUUAUAUGAUCCUAUAUCACUGGUUAGGGAUCACCGGGCGAAGGAGGUUCUGACUGCUCAAGGUAUAGCUGUGCGCUCCUUUAAUGCGGAUUUGCUCUACGAACCAUGGGAUGUUAAUGAUGUCCAUGAUCGCCCGUUCACAACCUUUGAUGCCUUCUGGGGAAGAUGUCUUAGCAUGCCAUAUGACCCGGAUGCGCCACUUCUCCCCCCUAAGAGAAUUAUUUCAGGUGAUGUAUCAAGGUGCCCUUCUGAUACAUUGGUUUUUGAAGAUGAAUCCGAGAAGGGAAGUAAUGCACUUCUUGCUCGAGCAUGGUCACCUGGGUGGAGUAAUGCUGAUAAGGCUCUGACCACAUUUAUAAAUGGACCCUUACUUGAUUACUCUUAUAACCGCAGAAAGGCUGAUGGUGCUACAACAUCAUUACUUUCUCCCCAUUUGCAUUUUGGGGAGGUGAGUGUGAGAAAAGCAUUUCAUCUUGCUCGCAUGAAGCAGGUUCUUUGGGCCAAUGAAGGCAACAAGGCUGGUGAAGAGAGCGUAAACCUGUUUCUGAAGUCUAUCGGUCUUCGGGAAUAUUCAAGAUACAUUAGUUUCAAUCAUCCUUACAGUCAUGAAAGACCUCUUCUUGGGCACCUAAAGUUCUUUCCCUGGGUUGUAAAUCAGAACUACUUUAAGGCAUGGAGACAAGGUAGAACUGGCUAUCCAUUGGUGGAUGCUGGCAUGAGAGAGUUGUGGGCUACUGGCUGGCUGCAUGAUCGAAUACGAGUAGUAGUUUCUAGUUUCUUCGUAAAGGUUCUGCAACUUCCAUGGAGGUGGGGAAUGAAGUAUUUCUGGGAUACACUUUUAGAUGCUGACCUUGAAAGUGAUGCUCUUGGCUGGCAGUAUAUAUCUGGUACUAUCCCUGAUGGCCGUGAAUUUGACCGCAUAGAUAAUCCCCAGUUUGAGGGGUACAAGUUUGAUCCAAAUGGAGAAUAUGUGCGGAAGUGGCUUCCUGAACUUUCUAGGCUACCAACUGAAUGGAUACACCACCCAUGGAAUGCACCAGAAUCUGUACUCCAAGCAGCUGGAAUUGAAUUAGGAUCGAAUUACCCUCUCCCUAUUGUAGGAAUAGAUGCGGCAAAAACCCGGUUGCAAGAAGCUUUAUCAGAGAUGUGGCAGCACGAAGCUGCUUCAAGAGCUGCUGUUGAAAAUGGGACUGAAGAAGGGCUUGGAGACUCCUCUGAAUCAGUGCCAAUUGCCUUUCCUCAAGACAUACAAAUGGAGGAAAAUAAUGAACCAGCGAGGAACAACCCUCCUGGCACUCGAAGGUAUGAGGAUCAGAUGGUCCCAAGCAUUACUACUUCUUUGGCUAGAGCUGAAGAGGAAGAAACUUCUUUGGAACUUCAAAAUUUAACAGAAGAAACCAGAGCAGAAGUGCCUACAGAUUUAAUUGUGAAUCAGGAACCAAGAAGAGACAUGUUAAACCAAGGGGUUUUUCAGACUACUCAUAACAAUGCUCUUCCGCCACCCAAUGCUGCAGUAGGGAUGCAACAUGCUGUUGAAGAUUCGACUGCAGAAUCUUCCAGUAGCACUAGGCGAGAGAGGGAUGGAGGUGUAGUUCCAGUUUGGUCUCCUUCAAGUUCUAGCUACUCAGAGCAGUUUGGGAGUGAAGACAAUAGCAUUGGAACAAGUUCGUACUUGCAGAGACAUCCUCAGUCUCACCAAAUAAUGAAUUGGAGGCGGCUAUCUCAAACUGGGUGAAACAUAUAGAUGCAAGUAGGAAAACGAAAAGAGUGCUGUGAGGCGUAAUGAUGCACGCCAUCAAAUGCAUUCGGGUAGGGGAACUUGCCGUCCACAUUGAACUUCCGAUCCUUUCUCCGCCACGAGUGCCCUCAACAGCAGCUCUCCUGUGUGAUAUUUUCUAAUUAAUACAGGCAACUAUUAGCUAUCCUAUUUUUUUGGUUCCACCAUAAUGUAGCACUGGUGUAAAGCAAUGUUGUAUUUAUAAAGGAAACAAGUGAAAUAAGAUAUGUAGUCUUUGAACAAGCUCAGGGUUCUCUCUCAUUCUAUUGGCAACAGAUGCUUGUAAGAUAUUAUAUAUAUCCACAUUUACCUCUUCUUGUAGGUUUGAAGUUUUA